AUGGAGAGGCUGCAGGCCGAGGCGACAGCAUUCAGUUGCUGCCAAGCAGUGGCUGCCUUUGUGUUGGUCAACAAUGAGGGUUUGGGUAUCAGUAUUAUUGGGAUGGGUGCUGGAGCUGACAUGGGUCUGGAAAAGCUUGGCAUUUUCGUCAAGACCGUCACAGAUGGAGGGGCGGCCCAUCGGGAUGGCAGGAUCCAGGUGAAUGAUUUGAUAGUGGAGGUGGAUGGAACAAGCCUGGUUGGUGUAACUCAAAGUUUUGCUGCCUCUGUCCUGAGAAACACAUCUGGCACAGUUCGGUUUAUUAUUGGUCGAGAGAAGCCGGGAGAGCAAAGUGAAGUGGCCCAGCUCAUCCAGCAGACCCUUGAACAGGAGCGCUGGCAACAGGAGAUGAUGGAACAACGAUAUGGCAACUACAUGGGGGAUGAAGAAGAGCCGGGUGAUUAUGGCACUGAUGAAGAUGAAGACGAGAUGAGCCCUACAUACCCUAGUGCCAUAGAGGUGUUUGACUUGGCCGAGAAUGAGGACAUGCUGUCACCAGUAGAAGUGGACCCUGAGAAGCUUGCCCACAAAUACAAAGAAUUGCAGAUCAAACAUGCUGUGACUCAGGCUGAAAUCCAACAGCUCAAGAGGAAGCUAAAUCAUGCAGAGCAGGAGAAGCAGCGCUGGCGUGCUGAAAAGGCCCAGAUGGAGCAUAACAUGCAGGAGAACCGGGAGCGCAUGGAGAAGCUGGAGGGAUAUUGGAUGGAGGCGCAGAGUCUUUGCCAGGCUGUGGAUGAGCACCUGAAAGAAACGCAGGCUCAGUACCAGGCUUUAGAACGCAAAUACAGCAAGGCCAAACGCCUUAUAAAAGAGUAUCAGCAAAAGGAGAUUGAGUUACUGAAGAAGAAAACAGCUCAGCAGAAAACUGUAGAGGAGACUGAAGCUUCACAUAAGGAGGAAACAGAACAACUUCAAGACGAGGUAAUAGGUCUUGAGCCACAGGUCGAGGAGUUGAAGUCACUGGAUCCAUCGUAAAAGUAAACAAUUGUUCAAAUUUUAACUACUUCAGUGCAAAUGUAUUGGAACUGGGGAAACAGAGAAUCUGUACUUUUCUCAUUCCUCCAUACCUUGAUUUCAGGCUUUUUACGCUUUUAGAGAUUUUUCUUAUUUUUCUUAAUCUCAUUCCUAGUAUUGUGAAUAAUUGUUUUACCCUGCAGUGUUUGCUCUUUAAAACCCUUCGUAUUUUCCUCAUAUUUAACUCUAGGUAAUGAUUCGGCUGUCAUUGAUAGUUUUGCCAAAGUUGUUUCUGUAGAAUUCUAAAGCAGUGUUUUCCAACCGGGGUGCCGUCUGUCGAGAGCAGGGAUGCCGUGU